AUGAAUAUGAAGCUUGUAAUGAUCGGUGGAAAUACAGUACGAUUCAUUUAUCGAACAGUACUCGCGAUGAUUUGGCGGUUAUUACUCGAUUCUCUGAUCACUUUGUUCUCUGUAUCUCUGAUACUCAUAAAUUACGCGCUGUGCUGUAGAAGAAGGAGGGCAGAACCUGCAGGAAGGUCGGUGCACCUUGAUAAUCAGACUAGACAGCACUCAACAAAGGGAAUGAAAUCACCCAUGGUUUUGGAGGCUCCGCACCCUGAGCGACGUGUUACCCUUAGCAGAUCUGAUGAGAAGUUAAAGAAAGAAGAACGUUCCAAGGAAGAACGUUCGCGUUCGCGUGAAUCGAAACCUGUGCCAAAGCCUCAACAAAAGAAAAUAUCCCGUGUUAGACUUCGAAGGAGACCGUCACAAUUCACAGUUGAAGGCGCUGACUUUAGCGAAAUGAUGGCGGCCGCUGAGGAAAUGGCUAAAGAAUGUGGAGACUAUGACAACUUGGAUCCGAACGAAGCAAAUGAUAUGGAAACGGCAAUCAAAUAAGAAGGCCAGUUCGUGUCAGAAAAACAGCAACAAGCAUGUAAUCACGAUCUAAU